AUGAACAAGUCAGAUCCGGAUGUGCAGCGCUGGAUGUCCGAUCCGAAAGCACAACCCGUGGUGUACGUCUAUGAGCACAAAAGUCGCCCGCCUUGUGGAACAGCAAUGAAGAAAGGCAAUCUGGUCAACUACAACUUUACAAUACCUUAUGGCGAUCACUGCGACGUGCAUCUCACGGACCUGGAGCCGAAUUAUCGUAAUGCGGAAACAACAAUAGCGUUGGAGGAUAACGCCGACGUGACACCAUCGAAAAGUGUGCGCGUAAACCACGUGUUCUGCCUUUAUACACGGAGCGUACAGACUAUACGGUUCAACGACAUAUCCAGCGGCCACGAGGUUGUUGCAUCGACAGGCGGAAAGCCAAAACCCAAGGUUGAAAUGAUAUUUCGUAGCAUUGACGGGCGUCCACUGCGUGCCGCUAAAUUUGGCGAUAUCGUGGAAUUCUACGUUGCGCUCUCUCCGGAUAAAGCAUAUCGUGGCAUCAGCCCCAAGGAAUGCAUGUUUUCCGAUCGCGAAGACAUGACGUCGCCGGACGCUAAGCAUCUGACAUUUGUUCAGAGCAGCUGCCCGGUGGACGAGAUGAGUGAAAUAAUUGACCCAUUGGCCAAUGUCAACGAAGAGGUUUACUUUUCUAAGUUCAAGACAUUCCGCUUUGGCAACCAGUCAACUGUAUUCGCUCACUGCACCGUGCAGGUCUGCCUCACCACCGAGGAAUGUGCCCAGAAAUGCUUCAAACGAAUCAGCAAUUCAAAUUUGACUGCCGAACGACUUCGCUUCCGACACAAGCGCCAGUCGGACGAUGAAACCGCGCUGCGACGAGUGGAGGAUGCCGUGAACGAAGUCGCAUUGACCAGGCCACUCACCAUUCUGGAUGAUCUGGAAAGCAGUGAAGAAUCACUGCGUCUUAAUAGCCUAAAAGUUUCGGGCAAUCUUGGUGAAUGGACUUUGACUUUGAAACACGGUUCAAAUGCAAUUGUUAGUUCGGUUGCAGUGAAUGGUCAGGCGGUCGAGCAGUGCAUUAUCAGGAAUGCCUUUCUGCCUCUACCCAUCUAUGUACUCAUCCUGUUUCUUUCAAUGCUUUCGGUGGUUUGUCUCGUUGCGCUGGUAUUCACAUUUAAGAAAUUGGCUGCUUACAAGAAGCUAGCACCGUUCAGUUUUGGUAUUUACAGGUGA